UUCUUCCAAGUCAAUUUUACACUUGAAAUGCAUGACAUAUUCACGGACUGUGCAAACAAUGUAUUAGAUUGUGUGGGUUUGAGGGUGGGAAUAAUUGCAAAGGGAGGUAAGGCUGAUGACAACAUGGAUGACUACCCUGUUGUUGACGUGCACACCCAUCUAUCAGAUGCUGAAUUUGAUAAGACGUAAGGUUGCUUACACAGCUACUGCAGUGUUUUCUGUGAUUCUUCGACAGGAUAUCGAUGAUGUAAUCACAAAGGCAAAACAGGUUGGGGUUGCAGCAGUACUAGCAGUAACAGAGUCAGUGUCAGACUUCAGUCGUGUUCUUGAUCUGGCAGAGAGGUAUCCAGACUUUGUUUUGCCAUGCCUUGGACUCCAUCCAGUCCAGCCUGAUGAGCAUUCUGCAGACCCAAAGGCUCAGAGGAGUGUUUCCUUGAAGGACCUUGAAGAAGCUGAAGCGAUCAUAGAGCAACAUCAUGAAAAACUUGCAGCUAUAGGGGAGAUUGGGCUGGACUUUACACCUCGUGUUUGCAAGACAUCAGAAGAUAGAGAUGUACAGAAAGAGGUCUUUGCUCGGCAGGUGAAAAUGGCUCAGCGCUUUGAUCUACCAGUAAAUGUCCAUUCAAGAUCGGCUGGGAUUCAUGCAAUCAACUUACUGAAGGAGUUGGGUGCAUCCAAGGUGUUGCUUCAUGCCUUUGAUGGAAAGGCAGCCUCAGCCCAAGUUGGAGUGGAUGCUGGAUUCUUCUUUUCGGUUCCAGCAUCCAUCUGUAGAAGUCCACAGAAAGAAAAGUUGGUUGCAAAAGUUCCUAUUUCCCAUCUGAUGCUGGAAACAGAUUCACCAGCUUUAUCUCCUACAAAAAUGGAGAGAAAUGUUCCAUCCAACAUCGCCAUUAGCUGGGAAUAUGUGGCCAAAAUCAAAAAGCUUACUGUGCCAACAGUAAAAGAGAUGACAACAGAGAAUGCAAUCAGACUCUUCCCAAAAAUAUCAAAAUUUGUUCACAGAUAGUUCUGUUUCAUGUGCUUGUAUAUGAGAGAUUAGUUUGUGUAAUGGACAGUGUGUGUUCAGAGUGCUGGCACAAAAAAGCAGAAGAAUAAUGAAAGAAUAAAAUAUUCAUUUUUUAAAAUA